AAGUGUUCAAGCAUUCCCAGACCUUCGCACAUCUGGACUUCAUGAGCUACGGCAAAGCAAAUCAGCAUGGAACAGCUCCCAACACUGUCGACGGUCACAAGCCGCGAACAUGCCAUUCUCUCGACUACUACUGCUCCACUCCUCUUCCCUGACCGAAUCUGUUCAUCUCCUCUGGACCAUUGCCAACUUCCACCUAUCAAUCCUCGCAGCCGACAUGCUUGCAUGCACGAUGGUCUCUGCUCUGCCAGACGCGGCAGUCCCUCCAGAUUGGCAAUCCCCACUACCAGCGCACUGAUGUCGGGAACCUCCGCUUGCCGAAGCCUGUGCCUACUUAAGCGCAAUGAAAUUGCAACCCCACAUCCAGUGACCAAUAAGCCAUUGGCACCACUGGAUCGAGCGUGCGAGCCAGUCCGGCGUGGCUGAGUUCAGAGCGCUCAUUAUCAGUUCAGACUAACAUUCGGUAGAUGAGUUAGCUCCGAGUCGGUGCUCUCUCAUCAUAAGAUCGCAAGUUCGAUCACCGAGGGGUUAUGAGAUCGAGCCCUUUUUUUUGGCCUUUCGGGAACAAUCGGCUGCCAUUGUCUCUGCCAAAUUGCCAGCGCUUGCGUUGCAUCAAAACGGCAUUCUUUUUGCCCUUACGAGAGGCACUGCUUGGCCGAGCAAGAUAUUGCCACAAGCACGGCUCUUGGCCAGCUCAGCAGCACUCGGAGUGCAGCCUUCUGCUUGCGGAAAGGUUGACCGAACGACUUACUGCCCCCGGUCGUAAAUGGCAAAGGGCAUCGGAAACAGCACACAUUGAUCAGCAUUCCCAUUGCCUCUGCUGUGGUGGUGGUCGAUACUUUUGGUCGGGAAAGAUCGAUGAGCUGGGCCUUGGCAUUCAGCUUCAAAGCGGCCCUCGGUUCGAAGCCAUGAUCUUUUCGCCAUUCGCACCAUUACUCUCCACCACGCCCAUUCUUAGACUCGAAAAAAUCGUGGAGACUCUUUCGAGAUAGAUGCAAUUGAUCGCAGCUUGCACAUUGCCAUUGCAGUGGUAUUAGUUGCACAUCAUUUGG